UACUGUGGAAAGCGUUUUUGAAUUGUUUGACGGAUAUUACCAACCCUUUGAGAACAACUAUUCACUUCGUACACAUAGACACCAUCUUGAAGUAAGAUUAACACCGUUCUAAGAUAACAAAAGUGAAAACUUCAACCCGCUUGUGAUCCGAAAUGAUCGAAACCCAGCGGAAGUAGUUAGCUUGCCUGGCGAGUGUCCGAAUGCCAAAGCUGGGGCUCAUGGAGCUGGGCAGGCAGCUGUGUGGGAAGAUGAAGAGGCCGAAGAAAAGUGAGCUGGCUAACCCACCGCACGCUAUCGGCCUGGAGGUCCACUUCUACCUGCCGGACGCACACCAGCUGGAGUACCUCAAGGACUGCCACACAGCCGAGGACAUCUGUGUGGAAGCUGCCAAGAGAUGCCAUGUUUCACCACUGUGCCACAACCUGUUUGCCCUGUAUGAGGAGAGUCAGGACCUGUGGUAUGCACCCAAUCACGUGUUUGAAGUGACAGAGGGCACCAGCCUCAGACUGCAUUAUCGUAUGAGGUUCUACUUUAAGAACUGGCAUGGUACCAGUGAGAAUGAGUCCCCGGUGUGGAGACACUCUCUGAACAAGCAGAGGGGGGUUGUGAGCCCACAGAAAGGACCUGAGGGCACACCGCUGCUGGACGCUGCUUCUCUGGAUUACCUCUUCGCUCAGGGUCAGUACGACUUCCUGAGAGGACUGGCUCCAGUGCGCAUUCACCAGAAUGAGGCGGAGCUUCAUGAGAUAGAGAAUGAGUGUCUGGGAAUGGCUGUUCUAGCCAUCACUCACUAUGCCAAGGGUAGAGACUCCAACCAAACAGGAGCUGCCGGAGAGACCAGCUAUAAACGCUUCAUACCAGAGACGCUCAACCGCUCCAUCAAACAGCGCAACUUCAUGACCCGCAUGCGCAUCAGCAACGUUUUUAAGAGUUUCCUGAACGAGUUCAACAGCAAGACCAUGCAGGACAGCAACAUUACCCUGUAUGACCUGAAGGUGAAGUAUCUGUCCACACUGGAGACUCUGACCCAAGGCCUGGGCACGGAAACCUUCCAGUCUGUCAGCCUGUCACUGUCUGGAGAGACAAAUAGCUCAUCUCCACCACCAGCCACGAACCGGGGUGAAGAACUGGGAUACGAGGUGAAGGUGACUGGAACCACUGGGAUAUCCUGGAGGAAAAAGCCCCAGAUGAAUGCCCCCGUCCUCAAAGAGAAGAGUAAGGCAAAGAAAAACAAGGUGGAGAGUAAACAAAAGAGUAAGAAGAAAGAUGGCAGUGAUGAAUGGAUGCUGUUUGCAGACUUUCACGAGCUCACUCAUAUUGUCAUCAAGGAGUCAACUGUCACCAUUUACAGACAAGACAAUGCAAAGAUGGAGCUGCAGUUGUUUCGUGGUGAGGCUCUGUCGUUUGCGGCACUGGUGGAUGGAUAUUUUCGGCUGACAGUGGAUGCUCACCACUAUCUGUGUACAGAUGUGGCUCCUUCCUCAGUGGUCCAGAACCUGGAAAACGGCUGUCAUGGACCCAUUUGUACGGAGUAUGCAGUACACAAGCUACGGCAAGAAGGGAAUGAGGAGGGCACUUAUGUCCUGCGCUGGAGCUGCACUGACUAUGAUUACAUUAUCAUGACUGUUGUCUGCAUGGAGGUGGAUGUGCGUGAGUCCAGGCCAGUGGCCCAGUAUAAGAACUUUCAGAUAGAGGUCAGUUCUCAGGGCUACAGGCUGUUUGGGACAGAAACCUUUCGCUCAAGUCUGAGAGAGCUACUGGACCACCUGCAGGGGCAGAACCUCCGCACGGAGAACCUGCGCUUCCAGCUCCGGCGCUGCUGUCCCCCACAGCCCAGGGAGGUUUCCAACCUGCUGGUGAUGACCAAAGACAGAGAACCCGUGCCACAGAAGCAGCUCCAGCCCAGUCAGCUCAGCUUCCAUCGCAUCCUGAAAGAGGAGAUCAUUCAGGGGGAGCACUUAGGCCGGGGCACCCGUACAAACAUCUUCGCUGGAGUGCUGAAGAUUAAGAGUGAUGAUGAUGACGACGACGCCAGUGGGUACUCCAGCUCUCAGGAGGUGAAUGUGGUUCUGAAGGUGUUGGGGUCUGGACACAGAGACAUCUCCUUGGCGUUCUUUGAAACAGCCAGCAUGAUGAGGCAGGUGUCCCAUAAACACAUUGCCUUGCUGUACGGAGUGUGUGUCCGCCACCAGGAGAACAUAAUGGUGGAGGAGUCUGUGCAGCUCGGCCCUCUGGAUAUGUUUAUGCGUAGAAAGGGUUCCCCGCUCAACACACCAUGGAAGUUGCAGGUCGCAAAACAGCUGGCUAGUGCACUCAGCUACUUGGAGGAUAAGAAGCUGGUGCAUGGCUAUGUGUGCAGUAAGAAUAUCUUGCUGGCCCGUGACGGGUUGGACAAUGAGGAAGGACCUUUCAUAAAACUCAGUGACCCUGGAAUCCCCAUCACUGUGCUGACCAGAGAGGAGUGUGUGAACAGGAUCCCAUGGAUUGCCCCUGAGUGUGUGCAGGACGUGUGUAACCUCAGUGUGGCAGCAGAUAAAUGGGGCUUUGGGAUGACUCUGUGGGAGAUCUGUUAUAAUGGAGAAGUCCCCCUGAAAGACAAGAAACUCACAGAGAAAGAAAGGUUUUAUGCGACUCAGUGCCAGCUGCCCACUCCAGAUUGUCGAGAGUUGGCAGAGCUCAUGACCCACUGUAUGACCUAUGACCCUCACAAGCGACCCUUCUUCAGGGCCAUCGUCAGAGACAUCGACAUCGACUGGGUGGUAGAACCGAACUCCUCUAUAAAGCCAGUGCCCACACUAGAGGUGGACCCCACCGUGUUUGAGAAGAGAUUCCUUAAGAAGAUCAGAGAUUUAGGAGAGGGUCAUUUUGGGAAGGUGGAACUGUGCCGCUAUGAUCCGCGGGGUGAUCGCACAGGAGAACUGGUGGCAGUGAAGUCUCUGAAACCAGAGAACAGAGAGGAGCAGAGCAACAACCUGUGGUGUGAAAUUGACAUUCUCAGAGAGCUGUACCACGAGAAUAUUGUUAAAUAUAAGGGUAUCUGCCAUGAAGAAGGUGGCAGGUCUAUUAAGCUGAUUAUGGAGUACUUGCCUGCGGGCAGUUUGAAAGAGUACCUGCCCAGAAACAGGAUGCAGACGGACCUGAAGACUCUGCUCAGCUACGCCAUACAGAUCUGCCAGGGCAUGGACUACUUAGGCUCUCGGAACUACAUUCACAGGGACCUGGCUGCGCGGAAUGUUCUGGUGGAGAGUGAGAGCAGGGUGAAGAUUGGUGACUUUGGCCUGACAAAGAGCAUUAAGAAUAAUGAGGGGUAUUACACAGUGAAGGAUGACCUGGAUAGCCCCGUGUUCUGGUAUGCUCCAGAGUGUUUGGUCCACUGUAAGUUCUACAGAGCGUCGGACGUGUGGUCGUUUGGCGUGACCAUGUAUGAGUUACUCACCUACUGUGAUGCCUCCUGCAGUCCCAUGACGGUAUUCCUCAAGAUGAUUGGUCCAACUCAGGGUCAGAUGACUGUGACCCGACUGGUUAAAGUGCUAGAGGAGGGAAAGAGAUUGCCCCGCCCAGAUGGCUGCCCAGAAAAGGUGUAUGACAUGAUGAAGCGAUGCUGGGAGAGCACUCCGGACAGACGGAUCGACUUUAAAGGCCUCAUUGCUGCCUUUCAGCACAUGCUCUCUGAGAACCUGUAACCAUGACGAUGACUUGGGAUACAGACUCCUCCUACCUACUCCCAGGGCACACAUCUAAAGAGAAAUCAAAAACGAACCCGAGACUGUCUGUGGAGGGGGAGACACUCCCAUGUGCUGUCUGUCUGUUUUCCCUUUUCACUUUCUCAUCUUUAUAGCACAUAACUCAUGUCGUUAGCAGAGCAUCAGUAAUACACCACUCACCUGCACUAGAAUCCACCACAAAACACACAACCCUGUACUCUCAUAAAACACACAACCAUCCACUCUAACACAACAUUAUAACCCAUUGCCACAUGCAGGAACUGAUGAUCAUGGAGUUCUCUCUCUGACACACACACACACACACACACACACACACACACAGAGACAUGUGUAAUGGGGAAUGUUGUGGUUUGACUGUUCUUCUGGAGGAGAAGGAGGAGAAGGAAGAGUGAACCUCAGAUCCUGCGAAGUCAGCCUAUCAUCACACAUCAGAAUUUGGUCACUGAAAUCUGACCCCAGAUCAGGUCCCACAGGCAAGGACUGAGAGGAGUCUCUGCUCUCUCCUUGUGUGUGUGUGUGUGUGUGUGUGAAUGAGAGCAUCAUGCCUGUGUGAGUGCAUGUGUGUGACAGCGGAUCUCUUCCAUGGAGCAGUCUGGAACUCUGGAAUGUUCCAGACAUGCACUGGCUGUCUUCAGAACUCUGGAUACACAAGUAUAGAUCAGCUCUGCACUCUGUAAUGCUUCCUGCAGACGUGUGUGUGUGUAUGUGUAUGUGUAUGUGUGUGUGUGUAUGUGUGUGUGUGUGUGCAUGUAUGUGUGUGUGUGUGUUGAUCAUCAGAUUGCUCCUUCAGCUCUCCCUCCAUGCAUCCAUCCAAUGGUCAUAAAGACUGAAAUGAAAAUGACUUUUGAUUUUGCACCUGCGUGUGAAACAGUAUGACUUCCAGAGACUUUAACCAUGUUGAAAAAAUGAGAUUUGUUGCUCUAUCACUGGAGAGAAAUGCUUCUGAGAGCCUCUUGAGGGCAGUAGAGUGUAGAUUAAAUAUCAGCCUUGUUAUAUUCAGUCAAAAAUAUUCUGUACUUCAGUUAGCGCAUCUGUGAGAUUUUGCCGCCAAGUGAACUGAGCCUCUAUUCACCUUUUUUAUCUUAAGAAAUUAAAUCAGACUAUCAGAAGGUGUGUGUGUGUGUGUGUGUGAGA